AUGGCGUACUUCAUUUUGGUGGCUUUACUACUGUCAAGUGCUGCUGCUUACCCUGGCGGGAAGCAGCAAGGAUUUGGAUCUCAGAACUCCCCCUCCAGAGGAUCUAUGAGGCCUGGUGGAAGUUCUGGGAGGCAGGAGCGGCCAAGUGGAGGUUCUGGAAUGCAGGGCGGGCCAUUUGGAGGUUCUGGAAUGCAGAUUGGAAGUCUUGCGUUGCAGGAUCUGCUUAGGGAAGGUUUUGGGAUGCAGGGUCAGUCUAACGGAGGAUUUGGAAGGCAGUCUGGCGGAGGUUUUGGGAUGCAGGAUCGGCCUAGUCGAGGUUUUGGGAUGCAGGGUCGGCCUAGCGAAGGUUUUGGGAUGCAGGGUUCUCAGGGUUCUCAGUCAAUGGGUGGGGGAAGGUCACGGCCACGUCGGAAUGGUAGACGCAGACCUGGACAAAGGAGACCCAGACCUGGACAAAUGGAACGCGACUUUGGAUCAAUGGAACGCGACUUUGAAUCAAUGGGACCAGACUUUGAAUCAAUGGGACCAGACUUUGAAUCAAUGGGACCAGACUUUGAAUCAAUGGGAUCCGACUUUGAAUCAAUGGGAUCCGACUUUGGGGACUUUUUCCCAGGCAUGGAUGACUGGGACAUGAACGCGGCUGAUGAAUGGAUGCUUUGGGGACCAGACGGAGAGGGCCAGUUCGAUGAGGGAUGCGAUGAUGGAGAUGACCCAGAUGUUCCUGGCAGAGGGGACCAAAGGGGUCAAGGACGGGGACGGCAGGGACAGAGAGCCCCGAGGGCCAGAGCACAACAGGGAGGCAGGGGGGGCAACAGGAGGGGCCAAAAUGGGAGGGGACAAGGGGGUGCAGGUGGAAGACUUCCAUUUGGAGCAAGACAAGUGACGCCCGAAAUUAUGGAACUCUUGGAGUUUACCCCCAUUGUCAAGGCUGACAACGUGACUCUACCAAUCAAUGCUAGUCUGCCACUGCCGGAGGGAGAGAGCGUCUUCAUACUGCCACAGCGCCGGCGGAGACCAGCAGCCGGGUUUGGACAGCAAUCCAUUGGUGCCCAGAAUUCCCAGCCUUAUGUGAAGUUCAACUACAAUCCAAAUGCAACUGCGCCAAACCCAAAGUUUGCCUUUGAAUAUGGAACUUUGCCAUCAUCUCUGAAAGCAUCGGACCCUAUCCCAAAGUAACUGAAGAGAUUAGUGAUGAUGCCAAUUAGCAUAUCUGGACAAUUGUGGCAUAGAAGAUGAGAAGCACAAUCACAGAUGUGAUCAUGUCUACAUCCUUCUGCACGACUCUAGAAUGUUCUCUCAAAACUGUAUCAGAACUAUGAUACUGUAGAAGUUUAAUAAAUCAUUCAAGCAUG